UCGAGGACGGCAUAUUUUUUUGGAGGCAUCAUCGAGGAGCAAUUUAACAAAAUGGGGAAAUCUUCAUUUGGUAAAUAUUUCAAAAGGGGCAAAGACUACAAGAAGGAGCAGACGUACAUCAUGUACCAUGGGACCACUAUGCAGACCGCACGAAAGAUCAAGCGUGCAGGUUUCCUUCCGUCUUCAGAUGGCAUGCUUGGCCGUGGCGUCUAUGUCAGCCGGAGCUUCCAGAAAGCGGCAUGCUACCCCAAGGGUGCCAAAGGUCAAGAGCGGGCAGUACUGGAGCUGAGCGUGCGCGUGGGCAAAGUGAAGAAGAUUGACAGGCAAGGCCACCCAUUGCAGAAGAGCUGGCAUGAGGCAGGCUUCGACACGGCCUGGGUCCCACCCAACUGUGGCAUGGUGAGAAGUGGUCGACAGGAAAACUGCAUUUGGGACCCAAGGAGAAUAAAAGUGAACUCCAUCCAACGGAACACCUACAGGGGCAAGGACGAGGAGUCAACUGACGAGGAGGAAGAUGAUGAUGAGGAGGAGGAGGAGGAGGAGGGAGAAGACCAAAUGUCAGACACCUAUGAUAAUGAUACAGAUGAUGAGCACAAUGUGGCUUCCCACACAUCUGGUGAGGAUUCCACUAGCUCCAGUAUAGCUGAUGAUGAUGAUGAUGAUGAUGAUGAUGAUGAUGAUGAUGAUGAUGAUUCUGAUUCUGAUUCUGAUUCGGAGGAAACUGGUGGUGAGCUCAGUGGCGAAUGUUAUGAAGAGCAAAGUGACCAAAGUGAUGAAUAUCAGGAGCAAAGUGAUGAAUUCUAUGAAGAGCGACAUAAUUAUGAAGAGGGAAGCGAUGAUGAUGAUGAUAGCUACUGACAGUCAGACAGGCACUUGUCUUGAAUGCAAACUUUCCCAUUUUGUUUGCAUUAUAGGAAUAUACCACUAGUGGGUUAUGCCAUAUCUGUCUGAAAUAGAUACAGUAUAUCAGUACCACAAAGAUGCCAAGUAUGUAAACAUUGUGUCAAAGUUAAAUUUUGUGUGGUCAUGCUGGUGUAUUAUUUUUUAUAGCGUAUCUGGUCAUAUGUUGGUCACAGUGCUCUCCUGGCUAUUUGCCUGCCUUGCAUAGUCCCUGUUCAGUGUUUUUCUUGAUUUUUCAUGUUGGCAUCUGAUGAUCUGACUGUUGCUUUGUACUUUUUUCUGACUACAUUUCUUUCUGCCAUGAUGAGAUCAUUGUUGUUGGUCAUUUGUUGUCGCUGUGUUCAUUAUUUUUUAAUUCAUUAUUGGACAAGUCUUACUCUUACUUUGUAUAAAUGUAGUAUUGGACUGGUCAAGUAUGCUCAUGUGCAAAUUUCCCUCCAUAAAUCAGUGGUUGGUUAACUGGAACAGUCUUGGGACCCACCAUUUUCCAUGGACAUUACGGUGUGGACCCUUUUUUUUUCAGAAACUGGACAAUUUAUUCCAUUAUCAAAAAUAUAACAAUGCAUAGCAUACAGUAUGUUUUGCAUCAGCAUUUUAUGCUGACAUACAACAUGGCUAGAGACUAGUGGACAGGAGUAUUAACAAUGUUUCACCAUCUCUUCAACAUGACAUUGAUAAUUGAUGAACAUGUAUUCAUUACUGCGCCUUGUCUCAAUCUUUGAACUGGUAAUAAAA